AUGACCAGUGACGCGCUCUCCCAGGCUGCGGCGGUUUUGAUCCAUCACGUAUCAUCAAGACGCGUUCGCUUCCAUCCAAGUGAGUUACCGUUGCGUUAUCCAUUACUGCGUGAACGACCAAAGCAGAGCAGCUACCAGGUUGUCGCCACACACCCGAUUAGUGCGCCAGAGGCACCUCCUGGUGCGCCGACGGGACCUGCGGCAGAGGAAGUACCAUCCCCGACAUCGGUAUCCGUGGAGAUACAGUCGGGCCUGCCACCUCCGAGUCCGACAGGAGUGCGUCGAUUUUCUGAUGAUAAGAACGAGGUCGACAAUGUCAAAGUGGUCCACAUCAAGCACAUGCCCGUAAACAGUGCCACGCUCAAGCAGAGCUGCAUCCUCCAGGGCGGGUGGAGCACCAAGGCAGAUGAGGGCGGGCAUGCGGCCCCUGAUUCCCGCAUUCCACGGACAACAAAGACACUCGACGAGAUCAGCGACGUUCACAUCCACACCAUACACGAACCCAGUGGCACUUCGGCCAGACAUUGCUACGCCCUUCCGGCUUUCAUUGUUUUCGGGUGCAGACAUUUCGCGUUCUGCAAUAUGGCGCUCUCGCUUUUCUGGGAGAGAUCUUACGUCAGCACCAGGAAGAUAUCUUACGGCAGCUCACGAAAGAAGGCCCUCGAUAAUUUCAGUUCGCGGGUCAGCGCAGAGGAACUAUGCGCGAAUCACUAUGGCAUUGUAUUUGUUUGCUGA